AUGGAAAGAAGAAAACCAAGAUCAAAAAUACCAAGUCAACAAACAGCAGCCCUCACAAGCAGUUCGACACCAGUGUCUUCCCUUAGGCUUCCAGAAUCGGGCGAAAUCCUUAAUCUUGAGCCCCUUGGGAAUAUCGAGCAAUUAAAAGAAAUCAUACAUCAGCUUCAGUUAAAAGAUGCCAUAACCAGGCAAGAACUCUCCAAAGCUGAAAGAGUUAAAAAAGAGCUGAGUGACAUUAAAUUAUCAAUUCAGUCUGACAUCCAAAGACUUGAAAAAGAGCUAACCCAAGAAGACAGAAUGCUGCAAAGGCAAGAAGACGAUCUUGUAAAUAUAAAAUCCAAAGAUUCAAUUCCUUAUAAACCACAUAGACAUUACGCCUCAGAAAUUACUUUUACAACAGAAAAAUGUAGGGCAUGAAUAAAAGAGAUGGAAACCAUUCAUAAUGACGAAACGCAAGCACAUAUCAGGACUCAACACAAUUUUGGGAAUCUAGAGAGAGAUUUAAAAAGAAAUGGAGACUCAAGAGAAAUUAUAGAAACUAUGAAAGAACUGAUAAAUGAUUAUGAAAGCCUUCUAGCUUUGAAAGAUAGCAAAGCUCGAGUUGAAAGCGCUUUUUUGUAUCAAGAUGUGGAAGUGCUCAAAAGGAACUAUAGUGAUGAAGCGAAUAUUCUUGAAGGGCUGAGAGCAACUGCUUUUAAGUUUCAGAAAGAAAGAUAUGAGGUAGAAAAAAGAGUAAAAGAGUGCUGCAAUGAUGAAAAAAUUGAGAAAGGGCUGAAUGAUAAGCCUGCAGAAGCAGACGCCCUGCAAGCUGCAAAUCAAAUUUUGGUGAGAUUAAAAGAGAAACUAGGGAAAUCAAACGAAACAAGUCCUUUUCUCACAAAAAUAAAUCAGCAGGUAAAUAUACAUAAAAAUAGAGUUCAACUCUAG